CACUGUGACUCUGGAUAGUCACCGCUUUGCUUCACAUCAUGUUUGGGGCAUCUUUGGUAAUGCGCCACAUUUCCCUGGAGGAAGACUAUCAAAUACCCAAUAAGAAAGCAAAAUUAGUUAGCACAAAAUUUUGUUCUCUUUAAAGUCGAAGAGCACCGAUUCCCCAUCUUUGUCCUCCCCAUCAUCAUUGAUCGUCACCUAUCAUGCAUUAUGACCUCGUCAGCUGUAGCUUACUGGUCUUCCUGAGCAGUUCGGUGGCAGCAGUGCUGGACAAGCGAGAUACGGACCCUUCACUUGAAACACUAAUAAUACCGCUAACGUUGGACAACACAUCACGCUAUUCCGUGGAUGUAGGGAUGUCACCUGGUCCUGACCAACAGUCAUUCAGUUUUGUCGUCACAACGGGUACUGGUUACAGUGUUGUUGCUGGAGUUGGAUGUAAUGACUGUCAGGGAGUUUCGAGCUACAAUGCCAACCUAUCUACUACUGCCAAGCAACUGCCUGAUGUACAAAAUAUGUCUUUGGUAGGAACAAAUGCAAGUGGGAGUUUGGUAGAGGAGAAUUGUCAACUCACUCAAGCGAAUGGGUCAGUGUGGCCAUAUCCGAAUCAAACAUUAAUUGUUGCAAACACCUCUUCAGAUCUCUUCUCUCCCGGAAUCUCUGGUGUUUUUGGGCUUGGAACAAACGGUCGUAAUGGUGAUUUCUCCGCAACGGUCUAUAGUGGCUGGCUAACUAGAAAUCCCGGGAAAACCAACUUCACAUUUGGGAUGAUGCUGAACCCUCCAAGGAAUUCCGGGACAGAUGGCGGGGUUCUCCAUUGGCAAUCCCCGGACACUGCAUCCUAUGAGGGCAAUGUUGUUUGGAAGUCCAUGUUGAAUUCAAAUUCUACAUCUUUGCAAACAGAUUGGUUCAUCACCAUGGAUUCACUAUCUUUCGAAAGUGGUGGUAAUGUGAACGUGUCCCAAAGCGGCGAACUCACAACAGCGGUGGAUCCUUUCGAGUCAGCCUUGAUUUUCCCUCAAGCAAUAGCUGGGGCAAUAUAUGGUGGGAUUGAGGAUACAUCGCUCCUUCCUUCUCUGACAACCGCCACCAACAAAUGGGCUAUACCCUGUGACACAAAAAUGAGUCUAACGUUAACAUUUGGCCCGCUCUCUGUGCCAAUGGACGAGACCAUUCUUGUUUUACAAAAUGGAAAUAGUUGCAUUGGCAUAAUCGAGGAAUGGUCUGAUCCUCAAGCAGAUGAAUAUUAUUUAUUAGGUUCCAGUUUCAUCUCUCAGUUAUACAUAAUAUUCUCUAUCUCGGGAUCAUCCCAAGGUGGAGUUGGUUUCGCACACAGAACUUCAUCUCCUAAAAAGCUUUCUGCUGGUCAAGUCUCUGGCAUUGUUCUGGGUUCAGUCGCCUUUGCCUCAUUGCUUGUUCUCAUUCUCUUCUUGUACUACCGUCACCAAAGGAAGCAACAGGAGAGGGAACUUCCUGUUCCUUUCAUUUCACCUCCGGUGUCACCGAAUCACCAAACAUCACUUAAUGAAGAUCGAGGUAGAAUGGCCGUCGACUUCGCGUCGAGUCCAUCAUUCGAUUGCAAUGAAUUCGGAAUCAGGUUGCCUCAUGAUGAUAGUCAUGAAGUCACGAUGGCGCUGUCCUCUUCUGUGUACACACCACUUCGACCGAAUCAGACCCCGGUAGUGUCUUCAUUGAAUCUAGAAACGCCUCCCCCAUAUCAUCAAUCAAUCACAAAUACUGGAAGUCCGCAACCUCUUCCCGUUCAAAAGUCUGAAGUUACUAUUCAGACGGACAUUGUACUGGCAUAAUUUCGACAUACAUUUAAUUCAAUCUGGCCAAUCUUCAGCCAUUCACGACGUUAUGUAUAUUAUAAUAAUUAUGUAUAGAAGUACGUCCUUUAUAUGCUCUUAGGCUUCCUAGACUUUGAAUAUCGUUUAUAUAAUAUGUAUUUUUAUAGUAUUGUUUCCGGACAUUAGAUAGGUCCUGGUAGGUCCUGGUCUGUCGAAAGGAAAGCCGUGUGGUGUGUCUAUCAGCCGCACUUGGAAAAUAACGGCCAACUUGAAUAUGGGCUACCUGCAGGCUGAGAAAACAAGCCACUAGAACAUACUUAGCGUCUCUUUUUAGCGCCUGUUCGGCC